GCCUCUCGCUUCAGUUGGUGUUGGAGUCGCCUACAGGAGAGACCAACCGUGCGGCAUGGCAGCCUGAAACCAUAGGGAGGAGAAAAGGAGGGAGGGAGAAAAGCGGCAUUUUUUUCUCCUCUCUCUCUCUCGAGUGCUUUUUUCUCUCCGUAAAACCGACUCAAACCUGAACGGACUGUAUGUGGACGCGUCGCGGAGACGAGCACAGUGGAUUGUACCCGCUUUCCGUGGAUAAAACAGGACUUUAAUUUGAGGAGAGGACUCGUGGAUCGAUGGGAGAAGACGAGCAGCCAGAGAGAGAAGCUCCCCCGCUGACAUAAGAGAGUGAGGAGAUUACAGUAGAAGCUCAGAGGAGGCGAACACCAACACACGGGCUCUCUCCUGCUGCCUUCACAGCCAUGAGCAGGGCGCUCAUGGACCACAUCGCCAGUAGUUUCCGCGAAGAUGCUCCUCGGCCCCCGGUGCCCGGGGAGGAGGGCGAGGCGCCCUGCUACCCCGCCAAACUCGCAAUGAUGAAACCCGCGGGACCCACCAAAUCGGUUCUGCUCGGCUCUCCGGGUUCCUCUGCGAGGAGGAACGAGGAUGGUCUUGGGGAGCCAGAGGGGAGCGCCUCCCCGGAUUCGCCGCUCUCCCGGUGGACAAAGUCUUUGCAUUCUCUCCUCGGGGACCAGGACGGCGCUCUUCUUUUUAGGACAUUCCUGGAGCGAGAGAAGUGCGUCGACGCGUUGGACUUCUGGUUCGCCUGCAAUGGCUUCAGACAAAUGGACCUCAAGGAUACUAAAACGCAGAGAGUCGCCAAAGCAAUUUACAAGCGCUACAUUGAGAACAACAGCGUUGUCGCCAAACAACUCAAGCCCGCGACUAAAACCUUUAUACGGGAUAAUAUCAAGAGGCAGCACAUCGACUCUGCGAUGUUCGACCAGGCGCAGACCGAGAUCCAAACCAACAUGGAGGAGAGCGCGUACCAGAUGUUUCUCACCUCGGACAUUUACCUGGAGUACGUGAGGACGGGCGGAGAAAACCCGAACCACGUCAAUCCCAACGGGUUGGGCGACCUUAAAGUUGUCUGUGGAUACCUGCCCACGCUGAACGAAGAGGAGGAGUGGAGCUGUGAUUUCAAAGCCAAAGUGCUGGUUGGACUGUCAGCGAAGGUGCACAGGGCCCCCGUGUCCAUGAGGACAGUGGAUGUGAUGGAGAAGGGAUACAGAUCGUACAAGAGAGGAGACUCGCUCAGCUCUUGCCACAUGGGCUCCUUUGCCCCUGUCAGCAGCACCAACGACAGCGAGGUCUCCAGUGAUGCUUUAACAGACGACUCCAUGUCCCUGACAGAUAGCAGUGUAGAUGGCAUUCCUCCAUAUAAACUGGGCUCCAAGAAACAGUUGCACAGAGAGAUGCAGCGCAACAUGAGGAUGAACAGCCAGGUCUCCCUGCCUGCUUUCCCUCGCACUCGAUGUCCUCCCAAGGAGAUGGUCCCAAUGGAGCCAGCGCAAUUUGCUGCUCAGCUCAUCUCUCGCCUGGAGAGCCUGAAGAGAGAGCAGGACACCAUCAGCUCUCUAGAAGAGAGGCUGCAGCAGAUUAAGGAGGAGGAAGAAAGAGAAGAUUCAGAGAUCGUGGGAAGUGCUCCUCAGCUCUCCCCCCACCCCUUGACCCUCCUGUCUGGCUCCUCUGAUGAGGACCCCCAAGCCAUCCUGGAUGAACACCUCUCCCGUGUCCUGAAGACCCCCGGCUGCCAGUCCCCAGCUGUCGUCCGGCAUUCACCUCGCUCCAGCUCCCCAGAGCACAGGCCCUUUACCCGGGCUGGGUUUGGAAUUAAGGCCCUGGUAAGAACUGGGCUAGCCAGUUCUUCUGUCUCUAGUCCUGAACUAGGGUCAGUUACACUGGCCUUGGGUCCCAGCAGGACCCUUGUCACCAGGCAAAGCACGAAACACAUCCACCACCACUACAUCCACCAUCAUGCCAGUCCCAAGUCAAAAGAGCAGAUAGAGAGAGAGGCAGCCCUCAGGGUGCGUGGCUUGUGCUCCAGUAGUGCAGAGUGCCCACCGUGCCAGUCUUAUCCACGCAGCCGCAGCCUGGGCAGAGAGUCAUGUGGAGCAGUUUCAACAGACAGCAGUAUGGGACGGUCCAGCUCUUUAUCCAGGCGUUUGUGUCAUUCGGGGGCUGAGGAUGGAGUUACAGAAACGUCUACAGAGGACUGUGGGCUGAUACAGCUGCCCAGUGACAUGACAGAUCCCACUCAAAAUGUAUUGCAGUGGAUCCUGGAAAGUAAACAACGGGGAAGACACAAGUCUCACAGUUCUCAGAACACCAAGAAAUCCUUUGGAGCCUCUUCCACCCAGACACACACAUGGGGUGGCGGAGGAAGCUGUGGCCACCUACGUAGCCACCAACCAGCACAGCCAUUCAUCCAAGACCCUGCCAUGCCCCCCCUGCCCCCUCCCAACACUUUGGCCCAGCUGGAGGAGGCCUGUCGCAGGCUGGAGGAGGUCUCCACCAAGACCACCAAGCAGAGGCAUUCAGUUUCCAGUCUCCAGCGAGAGAAGAGCCACCUAGUGCCUGUCCAGGGUGGGGGGUCCGUCCCUCUGGCCAACCCCAGCCCCACUGGUCCCUCAGCGAGUCCCGGUCUCCAAUCAGAAGAGGUGAAGGAGUGUAAGAAGGGUUUAGGAAGCCAUGGGGUGUGCAGUGGCGAGACAGUGGUGACAUAUUUCUUCUGUGGUGAGGAGAUCCCCUACCGGAGGACCAUGAAGAGCCACAGUCUCACCCUGGGCCACUUCAAGGAGCAGCUGCGCAAGAAGGGCAACUACAGGUACUACUUCAAGAAAGCCAGUGACGAGUUUGAGUGUGGCGCGGUGUUUGAGGAAGUGUCAGAUGACGGUGCCCUGCUGCCAACAUACCAGGGCAAGAUCCUGGGCAAGGUGGAGAGGAUGGAGUGAGACCAUGCUGCUGCCCACACCGUGGAAUUAACUCGUACAAAUGCUAUGGAUGUAGUCCUUCAUACCCUGACACACACACAGCACAUGUGUCUUUAAAGCUAAGACUGCAGGAAUGGAGAUCGUUGAGGUUUGUGCAAA